AUGGAAAAGGUCCCUUAUCCAGAAGCCAUUGGCAGUGUAAUGUACAUUAUGAUCAGCACUAGACUUGAUAUUGCCUAUGCUGUAAGUGUGUUGAGUAGAUUCAUGUCGAACCUAGGAGAAGAACAUUGGAAAGGCUUGAAAUGGCUACUAAGAUAUUUGAAGGCAAUACCAAGACACGGUUUGAGAUUCAGCAAGACCAGUUCAAGGACACACCUUGAAGGUUAUGUUGAUGCAGAUUAUGCAUCAAACAGGGAUACAAGGAAGUUUAUUACUAGUUAUUGUUUUCUACUCAAUGGGUACUGCAUAAGUUGGAAAGCUCAGCUUCAACCCAUAAAUUCAUUAUCCACAAUCGAAGCAGAAUUCAUGGCCACCACUGAAGCAUUCAAAGAAGUUGUUUGGAUCAAAGGAAUUCUAAGUGAGAUACAAAUGUUGAAUGGUAAAGCAAUUGUAUUCCCUGAUAGUCAGUCUACAAUACAUCUUUGUAGAAAUCCAGUAUAUCAUGAGAGAUCAAAACAUAUCGACAUUAGACUGUUUUGGAUCAAAAACAAGAUAGAGGAAGGAGAAAUAGAACUUGAAAAAGUCCCAAGUGAAGAGAAUCCUGCAGAUGCAUGA